UCUAACAAAACGUUUACCGUUAGUCGCGCCAUCUCGGGUGAAAUAUCUUCACCACUUCACAGCAUAAACAAUAAAUUUGUUCGCAUAUAGAAGGCUAGAUGGCGCUUGUGAUCUAAAACGGUUGCUUACUGUUUGACGUUUUAAUAAUAAUCAAACCACGCUUUGUUUUGACAUUUAAUACUCCAACUGUCACCGAAGCGUUGCCGUGUGAGCGAGCACGAUAUAUGAAUCCAUGUAAGUCAGAUAAGGAUAGCGGCGCGGCGGCGCUGUGGCUUCCCGCCGUCCCCCGUACGACAGUCGCGCUCAGUUCGUUUUGCUUUGCUUGCUGUGCGUAGUUCAAGGAAGAAUUAUUUUGUUUGAACGUUACCCAAUCGGUUAUUCGUGACUGUUGGACUGUUGGUGAACUUUGUUAGUGAUAUACGUGUGAUUGAGUGUAAAAAACAAUAUUCGGAUGGAUUGAGUGUGUAACGAUGUUACCUCCUACGGCCGGCAUAGCACAAGAGCAACGCGACCGGCCCGAAAUGGCGUAUCAACAGCGUCGCGACGUUAGGGAACUAACCCGGGAGAUCAUCAGGGAUGCUGCUCGAGCGGCCAACAGACAACAGUCAAUGUCGCCUGGAGCUCGCGACCGUUUUCCUUCGACAUCAUCCACAGACGACAACGAAAGCGGCACCGAUGGCGAGGCCGACCGCUCGCGUCGCGCCAGCAUCGUCCUGGGUCAACCCGGCCCGCCGCCCGGCAUCGUCUCCGUCCGUAAGCGUCGCGGCAACCUGCCCAAACAUUCAGUGAAAAUAUUGAAGCGAUGGCUGUACGACCACAGAUACAACGCGUAUCCGAGCGAUGCCGAGAAACUCACGCUCAGCCAGGAAGCCAAUCUCACUGUGCUCCAAGUAUGCAACUGGUUCAUAAACGCCCGCCGCCGCAUCCUUCCAGAGAUGAUAAGACGCGAAGGACACGACCCUCUCCACUACACUAUAUCGCGUCGCGGCAAGAAACAACCUGGAACACCCACUGCUGGUUCAUCUGGACAACAGGUGGCUUGGGACACUGUCGAACUCGAGAUCCAAAACGAAGGCGACCGCCGUGAAGGCGAAUACGCCGAAGGUGACGGGCUCCUCGUGUACCGCAGCGACGGCGAGCUGGGGGAGGAGGGCUACUCCUCGUCGGCCGUCAGCGAGGAGGAGGUCAAGUACGACCCCUCCGUGUGGCAGAGCGUGAUACGCUACGGGCCCGAGGACGCACACCCGGCCACUAGGGGCAGCACGGCCGCGGUGGUGACCGUGACCACGUCGGAGGAGGAGGAGCAGGCGGCCGAGGCGGCGCGCGCGGGCGGAGCCGGCGGCGGCGCGGGAGCCGGCGGCUGGCACCCGCAGCUCGCGCACCUGCCGCAGCUGCCGCACCCGCUGCGCACGCGCAGGCUGCAGGUGGUCCCCAGCUCUUCAGAGGGCGAGCGAGACAAGUUCAAGUGUCUGUACCUGCUGGUGGAGACGGCCGUCGCCGUGCGCCAGCGCGAGAAAGAGCAAGAAGAGGUCCCUGUCUAGUGCGCAGAAAACGUGAAACACAUCGCCGCAUCCUAGCGGCCAGAGCAGUGCAUCGGAAUUGGACCCACUGGCUAUUAACAUAAGUACUAUUCACCUAUUCCCGCCCAGCCUAUACAAACUCGAUAGAAAUAUAUUAUCUAUCGACCAGAGUGAUUCACUAUUAACUAUUAUAUUAACUAUUAACUAUUAUUUUGACUCUAAACGUCUUGUUGCUAAAUUAUCUUAGUGACAAGUGAAAGUAUAAUUAAAACUGUCAAAUUACGAGUAGGAAAUUGAUUGGAAAUGUGUGGCGUUAUGCGAUGUACAGACGUAACAAUUAGUUUAACGAAAUAUAUGCAGAUGGCACCACUAUCGCCAAAUUAUUUACAAUAUAUGAACGAGUACCUUUAAUAAUAUUGAAAGCGUAAGCGUGAAACCUUGUUUAAUAAUAUAAAAACCUUGUAGUUAGUAGCGGAGUCUUCUGUCACAAGUAUUUAUCAUACUUAUUAGGAGAUUCUUAGCAAAACUUAUUGUAAAUUGUAUAAAAUAUUGUAACCAAAAUAAACAAUUUUCAUUUU